AUGCCGCCCCGGAUAAUCGUGCGUCCUGCUUCCAAGACCUCGUCGACCGUCUCGGUCUCGUGUGACGAGAUCCCCCCUCAGCCACUGGACCCAGCCCAAGAUGAGGCUGAGCUACUUGCCUCACAUGACCCAGGCCACCCUGGCGACCUUCCCCAGUCUCAGCAGACCAGCGACUCCAAUCAUCACCGGCCUAAACCCAGUGCUUUCCACAAACUGCCCGUCGAGGUCAUUGAGAGGAUUUUAUGGACAGUAGAUGCCAAUGGCUUUGCUUCCUUGGUCCUGCUGAACCGAGCAUGGUACAAUGCCGCCCAGAACAAGGAGCUCUACGCUCACCAUCUAUCACGCUGUCCCUCUUAUGCCUUGGCCAACACGGUCAUCACGGGGCCGUUUCGCAAAAACGAUUUGCUUCGACUGAAGUCAAAGUUUGCCGCAGAGGUCCGUCGCAACCUGUUUGAAGCCUACCUGCGGCCUCGUCAGACUCUCAUCAACCUCAUCUCCGUCAACGCAAGCUCCUCGGCCGCCUUGCCCGGCGCGGAGGCGUUCCGCUUCUCGUUUUCACCCAAUGGUCGGACCAUUCUCGCACUGAGUUCAUCGAGGAUCUAUGUCAUAGAUGCCACCAGUGACAUUAUUGCGGUGCGCAGAGAAUUCAAGACCAUGAGGAGGCCUCUCUCUGCCUCCAUCACCGACGACGGCUCAAUCCUAGCAGUUUUGUCUUCCAAGUAUCAGGCCAACAUUUACCACCUAACCGACCCUGGCGUUAAGCACUCGCAGGUUCUGGUCAUGGACAAUCCUCCCCGGACGAUUGCUCUUGCCCCAGAAGGAACGGUUCUGGCCGCUGCAUAUGAAGGCGGUGUUGAGGUAUUUUCGUUGGCUCCCAAUGCUUUAUCUACAGAUCGCCGAGCAGUCCGAAGUGAAGGCGUCGACACUCUGAAUUUUUCUGGCGACGGAUCGAUGGUGGUUGGUAGCACUCAGAGUCUGGACGAGCCUUCAGCAGUCGUGAUCACUGCGCCCUUCUACACGGAGAAUGAUCUUCCACCGAAAGAGGUGCAUAGCCGGAUGUGGACAACACAGAUCCUCUUCCCGCAAAUCAGCAGCAUCUGCAGCCAUGCUGAGCUGCUCCAGGGCCACACAGAAGGCGAUGCCAACUGGCUGUUCGCCUACGACCAUACUCUUCUGACCUACAGAGCCGUACGCACCGAUGAUACACGAACAGGUGUUGCAUACUUUUUAAAUCCCACCACGAACAGACGCUUUUCCAUGCCAGCACCCUGUACAUCCCCCACUGCGACGGCGUGUGGCACUCUUGUCGUAGCAGGCUUCAGUGGGAGCGGACUUUGGAUGUAUGGCAUUCCUGAAAAGUUGGAUGUGUGUCCCGACAUGGGUUCUGUUGUCGAAAGACACGAGCAGCGGCUUCAAGGAAGGGUUGCGCUCACUUCUGCCACCGGGCACCUCGAACCCUUGAUGGCCUAUUCCCCUUCGAUUUCUGGAAACAGUGACGAGAUUGAGGAUGAUUCCCUAGCUGCCAAAGUGGACUGGCGGGAAAGUUUGUUCGUCAAAUGUCAACAGAUCCGAGGUCUGGAAGGAGGUACCGCGGCCAAGUGGGUUGAGAAGCCUGACGAGCAGGAGGUUGCCUUCCCGGGAAAGCGUUUGAUCCUGGUGGCUCCAGGUGGCGUCGAUCGGUUCCUGGAAGAGCUUGGAGACGAGACUAUGCCUGUGGAUGGGUCACGCGUUUCAGUCCUCGACUUUGACUACUCGCCAUCCAUGAAUCAAGAUCGGGAGGUCACCAUUGAAGUGGGCGACAAUGAGCCGGAACUGCUCGCGGAGCAAAUGAGUGAUAUAGACAUCGAAGUCGCGAUGGAAAGACGCCGCACUGUCCGGGGCCGAGGAAGAGGAGGUGCGACAUCACCAUUGGGUCGUUCUGCCACCUCAGCGCCUAAAAGACAUGGGUCUCAAUGGCCUCAACGAGGCACCGCUUUACGGCCGUCAUCUCCUCUUGAUGUCGAUGCACAGAUUUCUCUAGCCGCUGCUCAGAGUCACGACCAGCCACAGAACCCGGCCAAUUUACACAGAUCUGCCACUGCUGCAGGCUUCACCACUGCGCGAUAUCCACCGAGACCGCCCCUGUCUACACAACAACAAGAUCUGGCGUACAUGCCAAACCAGCCCUAUUCUCCCAGCAAUGGUUGGGAAUCCCCGCCACCGCCCUACGCGACGGAUUCUCACGGCCCCGUCCACCCCGGUAUGUCGCAGGUUUCCCAUCCAGCGCAGCUUCGUCCAAACGGAGGCCACGGCCCCUUAGGCAUGGCUUUGGGAGGUAUCCCAGAAGCUAGACAUCUGCCUUACCAGAGCCAGGGUCAUCCAAUACGGCAGGACUUUGACCCGGGCCAGUUUUUACCUCCAGAUCAAUAUCCGUCCCAAGUUCCUUCUCACUCUCACUCGUCACUACACGCAGUCCCUGGUGUUGCGCAAACAGGACGGUUCGCUGACCACGACGGUUCGUCGGCACCCAAUAAUCAUCCCACCAAUGCACAAUCGGCUUACGCCAGCUCACCAUUCGCGCCAGCUACGCCAGGAGAUCCGUCUUCAAGGCCGGGAUCUCAUGAGGGCCGAGUUUCACCCUUGCAGCCACCGGAUCAUCCUCCUUUCAGCCUCAUCCAGCCGACCCAAGACUUACCUAAUGUAGCUCCAACAGCGCAGCCUUCCCUGCCCCUGAAGCAGUCCUCGUUGAAUUCGAUACCGACUGCUGGGCCGAAAUUGCAAGCCCGUCUCAAUCAUCCUGUCCCACCAAUCCCACCAUCCGCAGAGCAGAUGCCAUUACCACAAGAACCCACGGGUCCAGCGAUAUCUCCCAGGCCUGUGGAUCAGUAUUCUAUACAAGUUCCGGGUGUUCUUGAUGCUCAGUACUCAGUUGCUCCUCCCACGCCCAAUCAGAUGGCCAACCUGAACCGCCGAGUAUCACAGACAGUACGCAAGCCACUUCCACCCAAACCCACCACCGGCGACGCAAUCCAGAGCCACAACACCGGUGCACGUAGCACAAGUAGUGGAUCGGGCGCGCUGCCACCUACUCGCGCCGCUUGGGGUGCUGCUUGUGUAUCAGGCUCUCCCUCCUUCCACACGGCCAACAAUAUUCCGGACGGGUCAUCACGGAGUCAAUCGCGGGGCAGUAGUCGCUCGAUGCCCUUCUCAGCGUCCACUCCGAACUUACACAGUGCGGUAGGGACAUACGUCGAGCGACCCCAGAUCGGCAGACUCGAUACGAUUGAGAGCGUAUCCAGCUCAUACGGACCCGGUGAGCCGGGACCAAGGUCUCACAUGGUCACACCUGGAGUAGUUGUGAACCCUGUCGCCCCGUUACGGCAACAAUAUACCGAUAUAUCUGGCUUUCCAACCUCCCAAUCGCAGUCUCCGCAAGUACGGACGCACCACACGGUAGUAUGGGCGGGCACUGGGCACAGGCCUCCAGAGAUUGAGGCGUCUAACCCUUCGAGAAUGAGGAAGGGCUUGAGAAAGAAAGGUGAGCCAGAUGCUGGAAGAGUGCAAACCAUGCCCAUGCCGACCACGGGGGUGGCCUACCCGAAAAAAGAAAGGAGGUGUACUGUAAUGUAA